UUUAUCGAAGUAAGAUGGAAUCGAGUAGUUUCUUCAACUGUCCUGUUAGAGUAAAAGACGAACCUCGUGAUGAGCUUCUCAAUGAUAAUGAUUAUAAAAUAAUUGACACGACACCACUCACUCAAAAUAUUAAAUACGAAAGGUUUUGGCAAGAAAAUUCAACCCAAGGGCUUCUUCAUGAAUAUGACGAAAAUCAUGAAAUUGAACUUGACGAUCUGGAAAUCGAAAUGGAAUGUACAGACAUGAAGCCCAAUUUAUUGGUGGUUGCGAAAAUUGAAGAUCAUUCUCCAAAUCAAUGGCCGAAUAGUGAUGAGUAUGAAACUGGAAGCAAAAUUAAAUUAGAAAGUGUCGGGACAGUGAAGAAAGAAAUUUUAAGCGAAGAAGAAACUGAUUUGAAUUUCGAAUGUGCACUCAGCGAGCAAAAUAAACAAGAAACUGUUUCAAAAGAGCUGAACAAUGAAAAUAGGCUCAAAACUCAUAAUGAUACUACGCAUAAUAAAAUCACCCAUGAUUGUGAUAUUUGCGGAAAAUCAUUCAGACAAAAAGGUCAUCUAAACGUCCACUUCGAGUCGGUGCAUAAUGAAGUCAGACAUCCAUGCGAUAUAUGUCAAAAGACAUUCUCAUCCAAGAGUAAUCUCAAAACUCACAUCGAUUCGGUGCAUAAUGGUAUUUCACAUGCGUGCGAUAUAUGUCAAAAGACAUUCUCAUCCAAGAGUAAUCUCAAAACUCACAUCGAUUCGGUGCAUAAUGGUAUUUCACAUGCGUGCGAUGUAUGCCAAAAGACAUUCUCAAAGAAGAGUACUCUCAAAUAUCACAUAGAAUCGGUGCAUAAUGGUAUUUCACAUGCGUGCGAUGUAUGCCAAAAGACCUACUCAGACAAGAGUAGUCUCAAAAAACACAUCGAUUCGGUGCAUAAUGGUGUUUCACAUGCAUGUGAUAUUUGUGGAAAGACAUUUACUCGUAAAGAUUAUCUCAAAAUCCACGUCGAAUCGAUACAUCAUAAAAUCACGCAUCCAUGUGAUACAUGCCAAAAGACAUUCACACAGAAGAGUCAUCUCAAAAAACACAUCGAUACGGUGCAUAAUGGUGUCAGUCACGAAUGUAAUAUUUGUGAAAAUGUUUUUAAACGUAAAGGCGAUCUCAAAAAGCACAUUGUUCGGUGCAUCAUAAAAUAAGGCAUGCAUGUGAUAAAUGCCGAAAGACAUUCUCAAACAAUAAUUAUCUCAAAAAGCACAUCGAUUCGGAGCAUAAUGGUGUCCCUUAUGCGUGUGACAUUUGUGGGAAGACAUUCUCACAAAAAAGUAAUCUCAAAACUCACAUCAAAUCGAUACAUCAUAAAAUUACGCAUCCAUGUGAUAUGUGCACAAAGAAAUUUACUGCGAAAAGAAGUCUUAAAGCCCAUAUCGAUGCGGAGCACAAUGGAAUCACCCGCGCAUGUGAUUUCUGCGAAAAAAAAUUUAAAUAUCAGAAUUAUCUCAAUAAGCAUGUGAAAUCGUCGCAUAAUGUUAUAACCCAUUCAUGCGGGACAUGCGGAAAGACAUUCAGACAAAAAAGAAAUCUUAAAGCUCACAUCGACGUGGCGCAUAAUUCGCGCAUAAAAACCUAACAUAUAUAUUAAAUUUAUGUUCAAUGAUGACUCACUGAUGUACUAUUUAGUGUACUGUCAAACAAGACUAAUAAUUUUUAUUAAUUACGAUAUUUUGUUUUCUUCAUCUAUUCUGUUAUCUUGGUCUGCAAAAACAAUGACAAGUUUGAAAAAAAUAAAUUUCUUUUUUCCCGAAAAAA